GAAAGAGAGACUAGUAUUUGUUUCUCUUUUAUUCCUAGUUUUAUUUCUCUCUCUGUGUGUGCGUGUGAGAAUCAAAAAAAGAAAAUGGUUUGGAAGAAGGAAUACUUGGAUUUAAUCUUGGUCCCAACUGGGUUGCUAAUCAUGUUAUGCUACCAUCUCUUUCUCCUCUACAGAUGCCUAAGGCAUCCUGAAACCACAGUCAUUGGCAAUGAAAACCACUGCAGAAAAGCUUGGGUUGAGAGAAUGUUGCAGAUUGAAGCAAAGGAUCGAGGUCAGUCCCUAGCAGUAAUCUCCAGCACUAUAACAGCAGCAAAUUUCUUGGCUUCAACCUCUUUAGCCUUGAGUUCUUUGAUUGGAGCAUGGGUUCUAAACUCUUCAAACAGCAUCCUCCUCACUAGUUUUACGUAUGGGGACACAAGUCCUGCAAUGAAUUCUAUCAAAUACGUUAGCAUUCUGGCCUGCUUCCUAUUAGGUCUAGCUUCUUUCUUACACUGUAUAAGAAGCUUUGUCCAUGCCACUUUCCUCAUUAGCAUGCCAAACAGUGAUACUCCUCUGAGUGAUGUUCAGAAGGCUGUGAUACAUGGCGGCCUUUUUUGGACAUUGGGGUUGAGAGCAAUCUAUUUUGCCACUAAUUUACUCCUCUGGGUUUUUGGUCCAAUUCCGAUGUUUGUUUAUUCAGUGACCCUGGUGUUGAUUCUACACAAGCUGGAUUCGAAUUCCACUCCAUUGCAUCAGUUCCAACCAGCCAGGAGUCAUGACAAUAGGUUGAUGAAUAAACUUGCUGAAGAAAAACCCCAAAUAGAUAGGGUUAUCGAGCAACAUGAAAAAUCACACAUGGAUGAUGGCAGAAUUCAAGGUUCCAACUGUCAACAAUCACCUGCCUCUGGUAAAGAUUUAAAUUCAGAGGUAACAGGUUAAACUAUUGACUAAAGGAUAUUGGAGACAUAACGAGAGAUGCAUAUGCUGUGUAAGCUUAUUUCUAUCUAAACUUUUUUGUAACAAAACUGAACAUGAUCAAUUUGACAGAAACCGUGUUUGUUAAAAUCCCCUGUUUUUCACUAGGCAUAUUCUCAUUCAGCAACUUUAUUCUGAUAGAUUCAACAUAUUUAUGUGCUAGCAUCAAUCUGAAGUUAUAGACAAAUGCAAAAUCCAUAGGACAGCAAAGUCAUGUUCAACUACUCUUUUCAAUAAUCAAAGUUGAUUUUGCAGCUCCUAAACAAAGAUUUUCAAAGCUGUAUACAAGUUCACCAAUUCUGCGGGUUGCAGAAAUCACAAAUUUUUGGGCAGCUUCUUUGAAGGCAGAAUCCCUUUUCUGCAUAAUUUUCCUACUUUUGACAGUGUUCAAGGUAACAGACAGG